CAAAAUAAUAUAGUAGAUGAAAAUAUUACUGUUUGACCGACUACGAAGAAAUAUUGUACUUAUCGUUAGCGUGCUUUUAACGAUAUCGAGACUCGAAGAUGUUUAGCGAGGGACUUAGCAAUGAAUCCCGAACAACCAGCUAUAAAAGACUUGCUUCAACUACCUAAGCCAUUAGUUGACAAUUGGAAACUAUACUCUUUGUAUCAUUCGAGAAAACCGUGGAUAGAUUCAAAUGGAACGGAUCAGCAUUAUUUUCUUCAGCUUCUGCUCUCUUGCAAUCUUGGCAGGAACAAUAUCUGCAAAUUCAUCAACGAAUGAAAUUUUGCAGAAUAACACUCAUGACAUAAGUGAUGUCGAAAAUCAUCACAUAAAUCUUCUGAAGCCAAGGAGUGUGCAGAAUGACGCUAAGCAGUCUUCAGUCCACGAAAAUCUCGUGAAAAACAUCACGCAAAACGGAGAACACGAUAUGAAGAAUUCAUCGUUCUUGAAUAAAACAUCAGAUACAUUCGCAUCUUCAACCGGCGACAUUUUAGGCAGCUAUAUUAAGGAUAUGCAAAUUUCAAGAUUCAAUAGAGAUCAAAAAAGUGAUGCCGAGACGUAUCGUGAAGGAUCAACUGUAGGCUUGUCAUCUCACGAUAUUCUGCUGGAUCCUGGUUUAAUAUCGGCUCGUCCAAGUCGCCAAGCUGAAAAAAGCGACAUGAAUUAUUCGAAUCUCGCAUCAAUCGAGAGUAUUUCCGGCGAUACUUCCAAAUCUGGUCAAUCUGUCGACAGUAAAAACGUUGUUCCGUCGCGAGUUCGGAGUUCGAACUUCAAAGGUGAUCUCGGCGUAGCCGAAGAUAGAUAUCAGCCUCCGUAUCCGUAUUGGUAUUAUCGAGGACAGUUUCCAAAUGAAAGAUAUCGACCAUAUGACAGGAGGGAGCCUUAUCAUAACUACUUAAGAUAUCCUGUAUUUCCGGGGAAAUAAAUCUAAAAGUUUUUGGAUUUUUUUUCUCCCUUUUCUGUUUGAAGGGAAGUUAAAUUUGCAUAAUGUAUGUAAGUAGAUAUAGUUUUGAAGAGUAGCAUGAUAGAAUGACAUAAUGUUAUUAAAGUAUAAAAAGAAAAAGUA